AUGACAGUAGCUGCAGGCUUUAUAGCAAGGAUUCGUGAAUGUGUCAAGUAUGUCAGGUCUUCACAAGGUAGACAAGAGAAAUUUGAAAGUGCAUUGCUGCAAAUGAAGCUUCCUAUACGGUAUGUAUCUAUUGAUGUAGACAAUAGAUGGAACUCUACUUAUCUGAUGCUAAAGAGUGCUAUUGAGUUGCGCCAAGGAUUUAUGCGUUUAGCAGAUUUAGAUAAUAGUUUCAAGUGUUUACCGAAUUCAGAAGAGUGGGAACAAGGCAUAGUUAUCUGCAAGUGUUUGGAAGUGUUUUAUGAUAUCACAAAGAAAUUUUCAGGGGUUAAAUAUCCAACAACCAACAUGUACUUUCUAAGUGUUUUUCAAAUUAACUUCAACAUUCAAACAUGGGAAAGGAGUACCCACAGUUAUAUUAGAGAAAUGGCAAAGGAAAUGAGAAAGAAGUUUGACAAAUAUUGGAGUACAAGUAAUUUGUUGAUGAGUAUUGGGAUGGUUUUAGAUCCACGGUAUAAGGCGCGGUUGGUAGAGUUUACUUACAAGAAAUUAUAUGGUGAAAUGCUAUGUAGAUCUAAAAUGGAGGUUUUUCGUGAAGAAUUGGAUACUCUUUUCUCAGCUUAUGAGUCUUCAAGUGGUUUUGUUCCUGAUUAUUUUAUCAACUCCUCUACCAGUAGAACACAGUCAUCUAACCAUGAGAAUACUCAAGCUCCUUCAAAAUAUGAAAUUCAACUGGAAUUCAAGGAGUACAUGAUGCAAGAUUGUGUUGUUGAUAUUCAUAAGUCAGAGUUGCAGAAGUACUUAGAUGAACCAUUGCUUGAAGAAGCAUCAGAAUCUACCUUUAGCGACGGCGGUAGGGUACUUACAACACAUAGGAGUUCACUAGCUCCAGAAGCUGUUCAAGCCUUACUUUGCUUAAAUGAUUGGUUGCCUGAUCUUAUAGACGAUGACAAUGAACAAGCUUAG